CGCAAAGCRCCCGGCAGUGCCAGGGGCCGGGGUGAAAGUGUGCGUCGCCCCCGGAGGCGGAGAGGCCAUCGCCGGCGGGGCGGGGCCACAGCUGCUCCAGCUCAGCAGAAGGCAACUUCGGGGAAAAGCUGAGCCAAACCUGCAAACUGAGGGAACCUUAACAGCACGUGUCACUCACAGACCUCAAAGGGCUUGGCAGUCGAGACAGGAGCUCCUGGAGAUGAACCCCUCUGCCACCUAYGAGCUGUUAGUGGAUGGUGUCGGGCCAUGGGACUUCACGGGAGGUUUUGUCCCCUGUGAGCUGCUCCUCGUUGGGGAGGCUGCCUACCCCGUGCUCCUGAGCGCCAAGAAGCAGGUCCUGAUCGCUGUUUCACAGUAUGGGAAGGGCCGGAUGGUGGUCGUUUCCCAUGAAGGAAUCCUAAAGGACCCCAAGUUCUCGCAGUUCCUCAGAAAUGCUGUGGGGUGGCUCAAGCAGUGCCCCGAAGCCCUGGUUGGGGUUCACCCUCGGCUGGAUUCCCUGUCGCAGGUGCUGCUUGGGGCUGGCAUCCAAGUGCAGGUGGGGGCAGAGCUCAGCCCGUCCCUGGGGGUGUUCUGCAURGACGCCUAUGACAGCUCCCAGGCCAAAGGCAUCGUGGACUUUGUCAAAGCAGGUGGAGGGCUGCUCGUUGGAGGCCAAGCCUGGUACUGGGCGAGUCGCCAUGGCAAGGAGAAAGUGCUGUUUGAAUUCCCUGGGAACCUGGUGACCAGUGUGGCGGGUGUGUACUUCACGGGAAAUGCAGUGGAAAAAGGCRUCUUCAAAGUUGCCAAGAAGGUUCCCAAGAUCCCAUUAGUUGUCCCGCAUCAUGCCAACCUGAGCCUGGACGCCGAGUUUCUGCUGCGCGGGGUGUCGGAGCUGGAUUUGGUGACGGGGGGCACCCCCUCCACGCUGCUGCUGCACGGAGCUCUGUCCUUCCCGCUGUGCCUGGACCGCUCCCUCCGCUGCUUCUUGGCCGCCGCACGCUACGGCCGCGGCCGCCUGGUGSUGGCCACCCACGAGAGCCAGCUGUGCUCGCCAAAGCUGGCCAAAUUCCUGCUCAACGCCGUGUCCUGGCUGGAUGCCGGGAGGAAGGGGCCGGUGGGGGUGGAUCCCAAGCUACAGAAGCUGUGUAGCCUCCUACCUCAAGCUACACAGGYGUCACAGUUGGCAGGUGACCUCAGCGUGUACUGCUGCUCUUCUUACAGCGACAGAGAUGCYGAGAAGAUCCACGCUUUCGUGGCAGAGGGAGGCGGUCUGCUGGUGGGAGGCCAGGCCUGGUACUGGGCUUCCCAGAACUCUGGCAAAGCCGCUGUGGCGGAAUAUCCCGGCAACAGGAUCCUGAACCGCUUCGGGCUGAGCAUCCUGGGGCAGAGCGGCCCGGCAGCCAAGCAMCGUCCCGUGGGGCCGGGCGAGCAUUACCAUUUCCGCAGGGCGCUGCUGCUGUUCAGCACCCGGGUGCAGGAGUGCGGGGAGCUCACGGAGCCCCUGAAGGGAUGGCUGCCCCGGCUGACUCAGGACUGUGCCGCMUUCCUGCGCAUCCCGGCCCGCGACUGCCCCGCGUACGCCUCGCUCCACCGCAUCCUGACCAAAGUGCUCCGGAGGAGCGGCAUCCCGCAGGUCAGCAGCCGCUGCCCCGUCAAGAGCAACUCCAAAGAGGCGGUGCUGCUGUGCAUGGCCACCGAGCUGUCCUUAACCAUGACCGACAGCGCGGCCCUGGUGCACAAAGCGGCUGCUGAGGUCUGUGCCCUCCCUGUCACUGUGGAAAUUGAUGGCACAAACCCAGGRAAGACAGCCUGGAGGAGCACAGGACUCUACCUCCCCGAAGGGCACACAGCAGUUGUAACGUGCCCCUGCCUGGUGGUCGGUGCAGGUCUGAAGGUGCAGGUUGGGUGUCACUCGGAUGAUCUCUCUCAAGCCAAGGAGCUGAAACGGGCACCGGUGGUAAUUCGCACCUGCGAUGUUGCCUGCCAGAAACAAUCCAUCUCCUGCCUCUGGGGUGGCCUYAUUUACAUCGUGGUACCAGCAAAGAGUGUCCUGGGGAACGUGCCCAUCACGGUGGAAGGGGCARUCAGAGCUCCUUUCUUCAAGCUUGGGGAGAGCUGUGAAAGGCAGUGGGAGGCCUGUAUCCGGCACUACCCUGCUCCCUGGGCAGAGCUGGCUGUGGAGAAUCUCAUCCUGACGGUGCCAUCUGACAGCAUCCGCCACAUGGAGGACCCACGGCCACUGCUGACCCUGUGGAACAAGAUCAUGGUGGCCAUAAGCAAGCUGGCAGCCAUACCAGCAAAAUUCCCAAGGCCAGAGAGGAUUGUAACAGAUGUCCAGAUCUCAUGUGGCUGGAUGCAUUCUGGCUACCCCAUCAUGGGCCACCUGGAAUCAGUGAAGGAGAUGUUAGACGUGAACCAUAUGCAAACUGCUGGCCUUUGGGGUCCUAUCCAUGAGCUGGGACACAAUCAACAGCAGCAGGCUUGGGAGUUUCCCCCUCACACCACAGAGGCCACAUGCAACCUCUGGUCUGUCUAUGUUCAUGAGGAGRUUCUGGGCAUUCCCAGGCAUCAGGCCCAUAAGGCACUCAGGCCAGAGUGUCGGGAGCAAAGGAUAAAGGAGUAUCUGAAGAAAGGCGCUCAGCUGAAGGACUGGAGCGUGUGGACAGCUCUGGAGACAUACCUGCAGUUGCAGGAAGGGUUUGGUUGGGACCCCUUCAYCCACCUCUUCUCUGACUACCAGAAAAUGUCCUCCAUCCCAAAAGACAAGGCUUCUAAGAUGAACUUGUGGGCAAAGAAAUUUUCUCAGCAAGUGAAUAAGAAUUUGGCUCCGUUCUUUACAGCCUGGGGAUGGCCUAUCAAGAAAGAGCUGUCUGUGGAACUGUCUUCUCUACCCAUCUGGGAACAGGACCCAAUGAGAUCCUACAGACCAUAAAGGAAAACUMUCUAAAUUUUGGUUCUCAUAAUAGCUAUGGCCUCUUUUUUCUCUCUGUGUGCUACAUGGUAGCUCACCAUGUGCUUAGAUUUAUGCUGGAUUCUUCAGCUUCUUGAUGCCAGUGGAGACCAAGCCCAACAGAAUUUCAGCAGGAAUCAGCAGAUCAGUAACCAUCUAAGCAAUCUUCUGAAGGGUCAGAUAAUCAAUAAGCUUUGUUCAGGGUUCUUCACCUUGAGAGGAAUGUAAUUCUGAGUCGAUUUAGUUCCUCCAGAACCUUUGUCUGAUGAAAUGGAAGUUUUCAAGGUGGAGCAGUCACCGCASCAGUCUCAAGGACAAUGUUACUCCCAGCUCUUUCAUAGUUGCUYGGCUAUUAUGGGGUCUGGGAAGCAUGUUAAUGCUUAGCCUGAGAGUUCACUAGUCCCAACCUAUUCUUUAUGUAUCAGUAAUAAAAAAAAUCGCUGCAGAUUUGCAGGUUUUGUAUGUGGUCCUAUUUUCACGUCUCCAUGCCCAGUGAAAAAAGGCCUAAAUAGAAAUGACCUAAACAGAAGUGGUCUUGGUGRUAAAGUUGUUCAAAGUUGAAAAAACCCACCAUGGAAGUCUCUAGUCUGUGGUGUGGCCUCAUAUGUAUCAAUCCCAGUGCCAAAGGAAAGCACGUUAGGCCAGAUAUCAGUCACAAUUAAAGAGGCUGUGCAGGCUCCUUUCUUCAGGUUUGGUAAGUGGUCCCAAAACCUAACUGUAGCAGGGGUGUAAAGAGGCAUUUCUGUAUUUAUGGCCUGCCUGUAUUUUCCUGGGGGGGUUGAGUUUUGGUAAGGUUUUUGUGGUCAUGUGUGUAGAAGAUGUCAAAACAUGUAAUGUCCCCAAGAAAGUCUUUGCAUUAAACUUAGCAUUUCUUACCACAGAAAGUAUACUGACAAGACCUUCAUUUAGGAAUUAAUCUCCUUCCAURAUCCUAAUAUAAGCAUGUUUGAGACCCUUUAAAGUGGCUUAGUAUUAAAAAUGAUAUCAUUAACUUGCAGCAGGCAUGGGGUCACCAAGAUGAGUGGACCCCUUGCCAGCAUCCCAUGAUCUCCCUGUGAUUCAAACACAGUUACAUCCAGAUUAAUUUAUUGUUUCUGAGGCCAUGCAAAAGGCUUUACCUGUGCUGAUUCUCCUCUUUCUUCACACUUGAAAGUUCUUUUUAAAUUGGYUACCUUUUUUCACCUGAAUGCUCAAUUAGAGGGAACUGACAUCUCUGCCUGGUGCUGAGCCAUCUGUCAGUUGUGGCCCCCCGGGCUGAACUGGCCCUAAGAACGUCAUUCUAUCAGUACCAGCUGCUGAUGUACACCCCGUGGGCGACCCACAGUCUGCUUCCCAUCUGCAACAAGAUGAUGAAUGCAAUUGCCAGGCCAGCAGCCAUCCCAGCAACUUYUCCAAGGCCAGAAAGGAUGGUGGCAGAUGUCCAGAUAUCUCAUGGCAUUUGUUAUAACUAGGACAUUUUGUCUUUAUCUCUUAUGAAUAUUUGUAAGGGAAAUACACAAGGAAGUAACGUUAUCACAAGACCAUGCAGAUCCUCAAAUCAGCAGAUUAAUUCCACCAUAUUCAAGAAGUCUUCUUGAGAGAGUAAUCAUCUUCUGUGAAUGUCAAGAGCUUCUUUGUGAAAGUAACAUAUUCUGCUGCACAAUUUGAGACUGUAAAACCCAGUGAAGGGAGACAGACUGGCCACCAAAUGCCAUGUAUACUGUGUCGUGUKGAUCUUGUUACUGUGGGAGUCAAUUUAUGCUAAUUGCAGCAGAAAGUAGGGAAACACAGAUAGUUGGUUUAGACAGGACAGGAAAAGGAGAUUUUGAAACCUGAAUUAAGGCAUGUAACAGAUACAUGGACAGCCUGAUGUAUUGUAAGACCCUGAUACUAGCAGACAUAGGAUUGCUCCCAUCAGUGGGGAAGUGAGGGCAGUGAUAGGGGGAAGAGUUGGAUGUAAGCAGCAUUUUGCUGUCCGUCAUUUAUGAAAUGUGCUCUUUAAAGACUAUUCAUGAGGCCAUUGGAACUGGAGUUUGUUAUGGCUAAUAAAGAGGCUCCUAAGGACCAAGUCUCAGCCUUGUUUUCAAUUAAUAUUUCAAGUAUUGCACUUUUCUCAGUAGGAUUGGCAGGUACUUUCAGCUCUACUUGACUGCAGCAUUAGUGGUGUUUUCUACCACUUGAAUUGAUAAAUUCAUCAGCUGUGCAGGCCACCACUCUAUAAUUCACAGCUCUAGCAGCUUGACUCGUGUGGUGUAUCUGCUGUUGGUCAAGUAGAGCUGACUCAAGAGAGGCUGGCUCAAGUGUAAACACUGGCACAGGUCACCCAGAGCCAGAGGUGGUAGAUGCCCCAUCCCUGGAAACAUUCAGGAUCAGGUUGGAUGGGACUCUGAGCAAUAUGAGCUGAUAAAGUUGUCCUUGCUCRAUGCAGAGGAAUCAGACUACAUGACACUGAAGGUCCCUUUCAACCCAAACCAUUUCGUGAUUCCAUGAAAAAUGGGUGCUCUGUUGCCAUGCUGCAUUUGCUGCUCUCAAGCAUGUCUUUAUGUCAGAAGGAUUUUAUUAAUCAAUCAUUACAUCUGGCCUAGUAUGGCUCUGAAUCUAACAGGGAAAUUGUAAUCUGUCAGCGGCUCUGCAACAAUUGUACUGAGAUUACAUAUCARUUGCUUCUGGAUUAAUUCACGUGGCUCCUUUUAAGGUAACCAGCCCUCUGCACAGACACAGCAGAUCCAGGCAGCACUGUCCAUCAGGGGCACUGUUCCACAGUGGUGGAAUCCAAAGUAUAAAACUCUUCCAGCUUCUGUCAGACCUGCUGAAGCAAGUGGGGUGUAGCACCAUUUCAGAGAUGUGAACGGCUCUGUAUACCCCCUGCACUGCUUUGGAUCUGGAAGGAACCAGUUCAGAGUGUUAAAUUGCUGACGAAAAAAGAACCAAAGAUAGCAAAAUCCUAUGAAAAGCUACUGGAACAAGACUUUUGAGGCUGGUAAUGGUUGUCAGCAAUACAGAAGAACUCAUGGAAGAUAGUAA